AUUGGUUCUGAGAGAGAGAUCACAUGAAUGCUUUGAACAUUAAUGUCAGGAGGGAUGGGGUAUCUGCUUUUCCCUCCAAGAUAAUAUUUGUUGAGGUUGUGUUGUAACAUGUAGGAGUACUGGUUUGUUACCGUAGUGAUGAUCGUCUGAUGCAGGGCAUCAAGGAUGAGUAGCUCUGCUGGACAUUUCGUCAUCUGUAGAUCAUCUGUGGAUCUGUAGAAGGAUGAUUUCAUUAUAGCAGAACUCUUUGGUAUCUGAUCUUGCAGUGUUUGCUACUUCAUCACAGCAGAAAGCUGUCUAGAAAAUCCUUGUUGUAGUCUAGCCAAGCCAUUUGGAGAGGUAGAUCUUUGUCAGACAUCUUUAAAGCCACCAGCAUAUUCUAUAUGCUGAUAUAAUUUAUUACAAGUUGACCUUCUGUUGGAUGUGAGGAUGGUCAGCCUUGAUCUACUCAGGUAGAGUCCAGACUGCCUACGUUGCAGCCAAGGAGGUCUCUCCUGCCUGGACCCAAGACUCAUUAUCCACUCCGUAACACCGACAUCAAGCCACCUCAUCUCAUACCAUCAACUCCUAACGUACCAUUCCGCCAUCUGGUUGUUGGACAGCGUGUGGAGACCACAGACGGACGGGUAGGACUCCUGCACUUUAAGGGCAAGACGCACUUUGCGCAGGGAUGUAUGUGCGGCAUCGAGCUUGACGAUCCCAUUGGCAAACACAACGGUUCCGUUGACGGGAUUCAUUACUUUGAAUGUCCUCAAGGGUACGGGGUGUUUGUUCCAGCCCACAAGGUCCACAAUCUACCUCCCCCAUCGCCUUCAAGCCCAACAUCAACUCUUUCAUAUAAUUCCAGUACUAGUAUAUGCAGUAGAGAGAGCAAAGACUCUAAACCAAGCAGUAGGAUACCGACGUUAGGUUUAGCUGGUGGUAAACUCCCAAGACCAAAGACAUUACCUGUGUGCAAAGACUCCAAUUCCAAGCUGAAGCCCAACAAGAAAAACAGCAAGAACAUUGACUGUGGGAGGAGUGAUACUUCUUCAGAGAAGUCCUCAACAUCUAGCAAGCUGUUUCAAUCCAAGAAAAUUAGUCCUGUACACACUAAUAUUACCCAUUCAGGGUGGACAGGAGAUAAUAGAACUAAAGGUAAAAGGACUACAGAUACUCAGGUUAAUAAACUUAAACCAAAUCAUAAUACUACUUUCACUGUGAGCGACAACAAACGACAGUAUGCGAGGGUGACCUCACCAAAGGACAAACCUUGUAGGAGUAGUAGUACAGAAACUAGUAGUAAGACUCUUCUUCAGAGGAAACUUGCACGCAAUAAAAAUGUGAACAGUAAACUUAACUCCCGCCCAAGUCUGAAUGACUUGACAAGGACGUUUGAAGAAGGUGAAGCAGAUGAAAAUAGGAAAGACAAACCUGAUAUUGUGGAAGGUUGUUACUCUAAAUUGAAUGAGACCUUUGAACUUGAUAAGGAGGUGUCAUCAUUUUUCCAGGAAUCUUGUUCAGGAAGCCUUGGUUGGGACGACUCGCAUUCGCUCAGUCCACUUGAAGAUAGUUCAUCUGGUCGUGAAAAAUCAGAUUCUAGUUUAGCGUGGGACUUUGAAGUCCCUCAAUCUUCAACUCCAGUUCAAAUCCACCUCCAAGUAGGUUCAGAUAUUAGAACUUCUAUACCAGAGGAACCUAGGAUUUACCCUCUAGGUAUUGGAGCCACUGCUCCAGCGUUUCCAGUGGAUAGUCUAUCUAGUUGUGAUACUGAAAAUACAGAUGAAGAAGUGGAAUAUAAUGAAUUUUUGGCAAUUCCAACAUUCUUAGAUACACCAACAGGCCGCUACAAAUUUGAUCUUUUAACUCCGGAAGAACUUGAACAAGCUCUGAAUGAAUACAAUCUCCUGCCUGAAGAAUUACAGGAUGCAAUAGAAUUUGAGCCUCAAUUCUCUGAUGUUAAACCAAGGAUUUGGGAGCCCAUUACAACGGUUGAAGACGAGUUUUUAAGGGAGUCGAGCAACGCUCUUUUCUCAGUUCCCCUGACUGCUAUGGAUCCUGAGCUCAAGGAAAAAUAUGAAGGCAUUGAAACACCACCAGUGGACAGUCAGGCUACCACACCACUAGGAAUUGCUUCAAAUGGAAUGGAAGUAGAUUGUUAUCCACAAGAAGUAUUUAAUAGUGAUGGUAAACAAAGAGAGUAUCCUUCUGUUUUGCCAACACCUACAUCUGAUGGACAUACUGUUUGCUUGGAGAAGUAUGGGGAGCAUGUGCAAUCGCAGAGUACUCUGAGUGAUGCCAAUGAUACAACUCUUGUAGACAACCCAUCUAGUAUGGACGAUGGUGUAGAUCUCUCUGAGGACUUUGAAAUGGAGGUGGAUCCUCACAAUACAACGUAUGAUGUGGAUGUUGACCUUCUUGAUCAGGAAGAUGAAGAAACACCCACUUCAUCUUUUGUCAUUCAGAAGUGUGUUGAGAAGCGACAAGAAGGUGAUGGUCAAGAGGUCAAGGUUGGCAUGCACUUUGAGAGCAACAAUAACAGCCAGGUGCCAAUGUCCCCUGUUGAUCUUCUUGAAGGAACUCAGCAUUUAAAGACCUGUGAUGUGCUGGUGCCCAUUCCAAAGACAGAUAAAUUUGGUGCCGUUAUCGUUUCAUCUGGAACGGAUGUGGAGAUAUCGCAGCAUAACGGAACAACUAGUGGAAGGAUAGUGACAUCGAUGCCUCAAAAGACUUGCUUUCCUGUGACUUCUAGUGAAGUUCAACACAGCAAAUUGGAGCGUAUUAUGAUGGAUACUGAGGAGGACCUCAAAUUUAGGAUGGAUGAGAUGGCAGUAGAGGCCAAUAUGGCUGAUCUUGAUGAGAAUAAAAGUGUGGAGUCAGAGUGCAGCAGAACGGAGAGUGAUAGAGCUACAGAUAGACGGGAUACGAAGACACAUACAGGCCAACCUAAUGGUGAGUUACAGGCUGUCAUGGAGGUUGGAAUGUGUCUCAUGUCCCAAAAUGAAUCUACUGUUACAAAUGGUGUCAGGAGUGGAACGAAAAGUCCCGGCCAGCACUCCAAAGAAGAGGAGAAGAAGGAUGAAGAAAAAGCAAAUGGUGUUACUAAGAGAAAAUCUCUGUUGCUUACACCAAAGAAGGUCUCUAAGAACAUCACUUCUUCACAUUCAAGCCAUUUCCAAGUUACGUUAAGUAGACCAAAGACAGGAGCACCACCAACCUCCAACACAUCAUCCAAAUCUCCACCUGCUCAAAGCCAAGGUGAAAAAGACAACAAGAAAACAUACACACCAUCAUCUUGGAGGAAUGAGAAGAAUGGAUCUACAAAGACUGGUGUCAUCCCUAGGAGGAGAUCUGCAGAGAACCGACAAACAAGUCGGUUGAACGACAAGAACCACCCAGGAAGACACUCGGCUGAUGCAACACACCUGGUCCAGAAGCUCCAACCCAUCCUGGACAUCAAGGAAAGCAGGAGGGCAGAAAGUUCUUCAUCAAUGGAGGUGGAUCCAGGAAGCAUCACUUCAUCCAAUAGGAGUGUGAGGUCAGAGGUGACUGCUAGCAGCACAACGUCAAAGAUGAGCUCAAAGAAUACUCAGAAUGGCAAACCUAACAACAAGACAACUCUGUCUUUGAGGAACUCCUCGGACACCAAGAGACAUGAGCGUAAGCCUAGUUCCUCCAGUGUGACUUCAGACCACUCACAGAGAACUGAGUCCAGGACCUCCAUUUCUUCUAGACCAAGCUCCAAUAGUUCUAGAGAAGCGAGACAUGCUCGACGCAGUCGCGCAACAGUCGGUUCCAACUCAUCCACUAGAAAUGUGACAUCAUCCAAGCCUCCUCCAUCAAGUACCACUUCCCGCAAUCGACAGAGUGGUACCACAACCAGUGGACGUACUACCAAGUCUACAUCAAAGACUAGUCAAGAUACUACUCAUGUAGAUGCAGCUCCUACAAGAAAGAUUGCUGUUCCAUCCAAGAAGUCUUCUGAUCAUCAUAGCAAAAAGGGAACAACGAACCAGAAAGACCCCCAUCAAGACAAACAUGGUCAGAAACCCAAGACGACAGCCCACACCCUACAUGCAUCCCCACCAGAUCUGGUCUAUACAUCACUCGUCAACGGUGAAGCAUCGCAAGAGAUCAGGCGUCUUGAGUCGUUAUGUGAGACAAGGUUUCAUCAGCUUUCCAAAGCCAAAGAACAACUCCAGGAUGCUACCAAGGGUUUUGAUGCCAUGGCAACCAUUGUCAAAUAUCUCUCACAUGAGGUCGAUGGCUUCUCUUCUCCCUAUCUCAAAGCUAAGAAUGAAAAGCUGCAGAACCAGGUGACAAUGUCAACAAUUGAAACAGCUCAACAAGAGGCUGAGAUUUGUCGUCUCCAGGAGGAGCUGAACAUGGAGACACAUACCCAUGAAGAGGAGAUUAGGAGAACAGAGCUCCUUCAUAUAGAGGAGAUUAGAGAUCUUACUGAGACACUCAGGGCCAAGCAUAGCAAAGAUAUACAAACAAUGGCCACUGAGCACACACAGGAAAUUAGAAGACUAGCAGAUGGCCACCAACAAGAGAUGUGUGACAUGACAGCGAGUCAUCAGAGUUUAAUCCAUGAUAUUGAGGACCAACACGCAGAGCAUGUAGCUCAGAUCAAUCAGAAUCACAUAGACCACAUAGAGGAGAUUACCAGAGAGAAAGACAAGGAGAUAGAGACUGUUAAGAGAGAUGCAGAGGAGAGGAUUAGAGAGCUACAGGAUGAGAUUUUCAAAUGGAAGUACCAAUGUGAUUGUCAAAUCAAAAGAACGCAAGAAUUAGAGGAAGCCUUAAGAAAAGACGAUGAUGCCAAAGUUCAGGCUGCCAUAGCUCAGUACAAGCAUCUACCAGACGAGGUAGCCAGUAUGAGAGCUGUCAUGGAGAUUAAAAAUCAAGAGAUACAUGACCUCAGGAUAGCAAAGAUGGCUCUUCAAAAAGAGGUUGACUUGAUUCCUGAUAAGGAUGAGAGGAUUAAGAACUUGACAGCGAAGGUUGAAGACGUCCAAGCACUCAUGCAACGCAAAACAGAAUAUGAAAGGCAACUAUCAACUGAGCAUGUACACUUGCGGGCCUCAUACGAGCGUGAGAGUAGCGUCAAUAAGAGACUUUCCAUGGAGAACGAGGAGUUGAUGUGGAAACUAAACCAAGGUGAUAACCUUUCACCCCCACCCCGCUUCAAAGCAACGUCCACCCCUUCACCAUCCCCAUCACCGACAGGAGCACGGAAAGGCUUCUCGCGAUCAAGCUCCACGGAGAGUCAUGAAAGUGGCGUUUUCUCACCAAACCAUCCGCAUUUAUCGUAAAAUGACGAUGAUGAAGGAUGUGCUCGCAUGGGUCUACUGAUGAGGUAUAACCAUGUACCAGAUGCGUUCAAUGAAGAUGCAGGAUAUCGCUUGUAUUGGUCAAUACCACUGUGGUAUAUAGCAGAAGAUGUCUUCAUCAUAUGCCUAGAUUGUCAUCAUGUGGAUGAUAGAGGGCACUUCUCAUCAGAUCGCUGAAUAUUCCACAUUGCAAUAUUCUGAAGGUUCAACGAAUUGUGAUUUAUCUUCUUGCAAUAUUCUGAGACAAGAAGGAAGAUAGUGAUAUAAAAUUUGAUGGGUUUUGAGAUUAAGGUCGUCUAAAGGUUAUAUGUUGCAAUAUUUGAAGAGAGGAUGAUUAUGAUAAAUGAGGCAACGAUGCUACAAGUGGCAUAUUAUACAAAAUAAUGUGAUUAGCAAAUCAUGCAUCGGAGUAGUAAGAUGAAUGUGAAACAAGAAUUAAUGCAUGUUUGAAAGGUUUUACUGAAAUCAUAAAUUUUAAACAAACGGACAUUAAUAUUAAUCGUUACAACAUCAAACAGUAGACAUUUAUUUGAAUAAAUCCUUGUUAUGAUAAUAAGUAAAUGUUGGACUUUCGCGUAUUCAGCAGUAGUACAGUAUAUGUGUACCUAAUACUAUUUCAUUUCGUAAACAGUAGUCAAGUAAUCAAAACUCUGUUUGAAUUCAGUAAAAAAGAAUAAUGAUUGUUUGCAUCUGAAAUUAGUCAAUGUUGUGAGAUUAACAGUAAUAAACUCAUGAACUGCAAAUACUUUUCAGCAUUCUCUUGAUUGUCAUAUUAUAAUAUGAGCCUCUAAGAUUUCAAUGUGUGAGAAAAGAAGCAACUCAAGAAAUAAUGAAUUAAUUUAAAAAAGAAAAUAAUAUGAAAGACAGAUUGAAAUGUACUUAAAACUGAAUUAGUAACCUCCAUAGUUAUGGUGAAACAUGAAAUAAAAAUAUGCUACUCUUGAAAAUGGACACAAAAUUAUUUCUGUCUCUCUCUUUCAUAUUUGUUUGCCACUUACUCCUCAUUAUAAAUUAUACAUGCCAUGAAUUUGACAAAAUCUUCAUUUCUUUUAAGAAUAUAUUUGGAAGUAUCAUCAUUAAGCAUGAUAUUUAAAGCUUGUUGUUCAGAAAAAUACACUGAUUUUUAUAUAAAUAGUGAGUGUGUCCCUUGCAUGCUUAUUAAUCUCCAUCAAAAAUAUUCCUGUGACAACCUUUUUCUUGUGUCUUUUGGAGUUCAAGUGAUUAUUUCAAUCACUUAGUUCAAAGUCAUAGAAGUGAAACAUGUGAUAUACUUUAUUUAGAAUGGAAACUACUCUUUUUUUUCUUUCGCUUUUUUUUCUUCAGUGUGCCAUUUAUAUAUUCUUGGGUGCCAAAGACAAAGAUAUAUUGCCUUUAUUUGGAAUUAAAUCUUUCUGUUUUGUUUGUUGAAGAUAGUCUACUAUUAGAUGUUAAGCACCAUUAAAUUAUUCUGAAGCAGCUCACUUGUUUAGUAUUCAGGAAGUGAUAGGUUACAGUGCCAGUAAGGCUUAACAUUACUGAAGAUCAUAUUCCUUCAAAUAUUCUUGUGAGGAAUAGAUUUAAAGAUAAGAUACCAUGGUAAUUGAAGAGUUGUUGGUGUAGUCCCAUUGUGUAGUAUUUGUGUGAUGGUGUUAAAGGGGUUUAAUUGAUUGUUCUCCACCAAGAGUAUGACCUCUGACCUUGUAUCCUCUCCCAACACAUAUCUCUUUCUAAAAUAUAAUGAAUAUUUCUGAUUGUAAAUAAAAUGUUUAUUUGUGUAAUGAUAUUCUAUUGAUUAUUUUACUUUAUUUUUAAAACUUUCUAUCAAGUUAUGCUCUUUGUAAUUACCUCAUGAAAGAUCUGUAUAUCAAGCAUUGUGUAAAUUAUGUGUCAUUUCAUAGUUAAAUUAUUCCUAUCUAGUGGAUAGAUUACGAACAUUGCACUUUACCACAGCCUACAUAUGGAUUACAACUAUUCCUCUUAAUAAUUGUAAUAUCAAUAUAGAUUUUACUAUCAGGUAUAGGCUAAACAUGAGCAUAUACUGCCAAUUAAAUCUUUAAAAUUGGUGUUUGAAACUAGAUAUUGUUUGGCUAGAUGCCAGAUGUCUACCAAGAAUUAAUAUAGAAGUAGAUAACAUAAGAGACGCAUUGCGGAAGCUUGGGUUUGAAUAGAAAUCAGAGCUUGGUAUUCUUAGAUGAAAGGCACUGCAUGCUAGAACAUGUGUGUGAAUAUACAAUUGUUUCAUAUAAUUGAAACAAAAAUCAGGUAUAUAUAUCUGAUUUAUAUGAAUGAUUUCAAGACAUAGCUUAUGUAAAAGAAAUUAAUUAAGUAGUGAACAAACUAUUUUUUUUAAGUUGAGGAAUUAAUAUUCCUGCAGAAGAUUUGGUUAGAUGGUAAAAUAUAUUCUAAAGCAUUUAUUAUGAAGGAGAUAUUAUUUAAAGUAGAGGAAUUUGAUAUUUAUGUUAUGGGGGUUUAGUUGUUGCAGAUAUGAACUUUGGUAAAGUGCAAUGAUCAUGGAUUGCAUGUUUGUUUAUUUCUAUCUUAGGGAAAUUAAGGACCAAUCUAAGAGACUGGUUUCUUGUUCCCUUCUUACUGCUUUAAUUGGUGCUACUCUAUCAAGUGUUAGAUCGGUGAUGGGUUUUCAUUACAUGUUUUAAUCACACACUGCACCACAAUCUUCUAUAGUACACUAUGAUCUAUAGUAUUUAGGAUGGUUGAUGAUGUUUUAGUGUUUAGAUUUUAAGAAAUCUUCCUUUUAUGGAUGUUUUCCUUUUUCCCUUGUGUCUUCAUUUUUCACCUUCCCUCUAUUUGUGAUUAUUUUCUUAUUUAUUAUUAUUUUCUUCUUAAAUGAAAUCAAUUAA